UGGUGCGUCUGCUGCUGGCUGACUGCACUCUGGCCGCUGCGCUCCUGCCUGCAGCUGCGGAAGGGCAUGCCCAAUGUGUGUGAGGAAGAAGUUCUGGAUAUGGUUGGCCUUCCCCAACCAUGUGUCCAGCCCUUUACUCGUACGGUAAAGCUAUGGAAGCAAGGCUGUACUGGACCAAGAUGGUGCGUGGAAUAUAUAAGAAGGACUGGCUACUACAUCGUCUACAGACAGGUAUACAGCAGGCAGCAUCAGACAGUCUACAGGUGCUGUCCUGGCUGGAGUCAGCAUGAAGAUGAGCCUGGCUGUCUGCAUGCCCUCUGUUCAGCAGGUCCUUGCUUCAACGGAGGCCAAUGUCCAGACGGGGAAGCACAGGUGUGCCAGUGUUCUGUGGGGUUUCAGGGAUCUCGAUGCCAAUAUGAUGUGAACGAAUGCGCCAUUGACAAUGGUGGCUGUCAGGAGCAGUGCUGUAAUACACUUGGCAGCUACUACUGCAAAUGCCAAGCUGGCCAGAAACUGAAAGAAGAUGGAAAAGGCUGCAAAGAUGUCGAUGAAUGUGCAGUAGUGAACGGAGGCUGCCAGCAGAGCUGCAUUAACACUGAGGGCUCCUUCUACUGUGAAUGUGAUAUGGGAUACAGACUCCAUGCUGAUGGACGCACCUGCAUAAUGAAGGACCCCUGCUCAGGCGGACGCAAAGGAUGCUCCCAUAUCUGUCGAAACGAGUAUGGCAUUGCCAGGUGUGCAUGCCACCCAGGGUACCAUCUGUCUGCAGACAAAAUGUCAUGCACAGACAUUGAUGAGUGCAUGGAAGGCAGUGCUCAGUGUGCCCACCGCUGUGUGAAUUCCGUGGGAUCUUACACCUGUGCCUGUAACGCUGGCUUUGAACUUGGGGCAGAUGGAAGACAGUGCUACCGGAUUGAAAUGGAAAUUGUCAAUAGCUGUGAGCAGAACAAUGGGGGCUGCUCUCAUCACUGUGAGCACUCAACUGGUGGGCCUCGUUGUUCUUGUAACCAUGGACACCGUCUUGAUGUGGAUGGAAAAACAUGCAAAGAUCUUGAUGAGUGUGAGAGUGGGCAAGCCUGCUGUUCCCAGUUCUGCAUCAACUAUUUGGGAGGUUACGAAUGUGACUGCAAGACAGGAUUUCAGCUCAGUCCUGAUGGUUGUGGGUGUGACGAUGUGGAUGAGUGUCUGGAGGACAGCACUGACUGUGACCAGCUCUGUGUUAAUUCUUUGGGAUCUUAUGAAUGUCUCUGUGAGGAAGGUUACCAAAUUGAUGGUAACAGAAAAACUUGCAUCCCUUUGGAUGAUGACGAAUUAGAGGAGGAAGAAGAGGAAUUAGAAGUUGUGAGGUUCCCAGACCUUCACUUCAGGAAAUCUGCUCAACUGUUUAAUUAUGCUGUUGCCCUAAAUCCCAAUUAUGAAGAUGAAGAUGAACUGGAGGAAAGAGAUAUUAGAGGAGAACUCACAGUUUUACACAAAGUGGUCUGUUUAGAUGACACUUUUGGACCCGAUUGCAGUUUGAGGUGUGAGGACUGUAUGAACAGAGGCAAAUGUAAUGAGGAAAAGAGCCGUUGUCUCUGCCCGGCUGGCUGGAUUGGCAUCCUGUGUAAUGAAACUUGUCCCCCAGGGACAUAUGGACAAGAGUGUAAUGGCAUCUGUAAGUGUCAGAAUGGAGGUUCCUGUGACCCUGUAACAGGCCAGUGUCACUGUCCCCCUGGAGUUCAUGGGAAGACCUGUGAGGAUGGAUGUCCUAAAGGAUUCUUUGGAAAGGAUUGCAAAAAGAAAUGUAUGUGUGCCCACAACAGCUAUUGCCACAGGGUGUAUGGAGUUUGUCUAUGUGAUCCAGGACUCUAUGGUCGGUUUUGCCAUCUGACCUGUCCCAAGGGAGCCUAUGGAGCUGGCUGCUCUUCCGAAUGUCAGUGUAUGGAGGAAAACACCCUGGAAUGCGAUGCCAAAAAUGGUUCAUGCACCUGCAAAUCUGGUUACCAAGGCAACAGAUGCCAGGAAGAAUGCCCAGCGGGGACCUUUGGUCUGAGGUGUGGGUUCAGCUGUCAGUGCAAGAAUGGAGCUGUUUGUGACCCUGUGAGCGGAGCCUGUACCUGCCCAGCUGAGUGGACAGGAACAUUCUGCGAAGAAGGUUGCCAGAUAAACCCUGAGGGUGAAGGUUGCAGUCAAGUCUGUAACUGUCACAAUGGAGCCAGCUGUGAUCCUAGAACUGGGAAAUGCGUCUGUGAAUCUGGAUGGACAGGACCUACUUGCCAGGAAGGGUGCCCAGACGGCACUUAUGGUCCUUACUGCCACAAGAUGUGUAAAUGCAUGAAUGGAGGCCGUUGUGACCCCCUGCUUGGCACCUGCGACUGCCCCCCUGGCUUCACUGGCACAGACUGUGGUCAGGAUUGUCCCCAGGCAAGAUAUGGCCACAAAUGUCAGCUCACCUGUGCCUGCAAAAAUGGUGGGAUUUGUAAUCCUGUAGAUGGAAAUUGUACCUGUGGACUUGGCUGGACAGGCAAUUACUGUGAGCAAGCAUGCCUUCCUGGUGCAUAUGGUCCAAGCUGCCUUUUGAAGUGCUCUUGUCAGAACAACGGAACUUGCAGUAGGUUUACUGGCUUCUGUCAGUGUCCAGAAGGUUACUAUGGGCACAGCUGUGAACAUCAAUGUCCCCCUGGAUUUUAUGGCUCAGACUGUGCUCACCCUUGUGAUUGCAGACAUGGAGCCACGUGUGAUGCUGAGAAUGGCACAUGCAUCUGUCCCCCAGGUUACCAUGGCAGCCAGUGUGAAAAAGGGUGCCCACCUGGAACAUUCGGAGACAGGUGCCAACAGCUUUGUGACUGUGAAGGAGUGGGACCCUGCCAUCCUGUCACUGGGAAGUGCCUUUGUUCCCCUGGAAGAACUGGAGACAGAAUGCAGAUCAGAUCGGUAUGGGCCCAAUUGCUCUCUGCAGUGCCAGUGUUCCCCAGGAUCCCGAUGCAACCCUCAGAAUGGGAACUGUGCAUGCCCCUUGCAGAGGAUGGGACCAACCUGUGAAGAAAGACUCAGAGAAGAUACAGUAACCCAGAGGGAAGGUUCUUCAACUCAUCCCAAGCUGUAAAACAUUCUAUCCCACAAUGGAUGCAGCCUACCAGUCUCUCCCAAUGGAUGAAGAAGAAUGGAACCCAGACUUGGGAAGAUGCCCCUAUCUUGACUUUCUGACCCUACACACACACACACACACACACACACACACACACACACACACACAUCUCCUGUUCUUCCUUCCUGUAGCUCAACCUCUCAAAUUUCUUCUGACAAAGAAUAUAAUUAUGGUUUUCCAAGCUCUCAACGUUGGCAACAUCAACUAAUAAAUGAACUUUUUUAUAUUUACAACCAUAAUUUAAAUUUGGAAAUAGGUUCCUCUACUUAGUCUGAGGAUUGUGCUUCCUUGUUAACAUUUUUCUGACUAUUCUUAUACUCAUCUCUUGGCCUGUCUUUUGUGGGGGAGCUGAGAGUUUAUCCUUCCGAAGAAUAGGACAGAAAGAUGGCAUGAACAUUUGCAAGCAACCAUCCAAAGAUCUAGUGGUAGUUUAACCAUAAUAAGCAAGCAGAAGGGAAAUAGGCCAUGGAUAGAAGGAAUUUUAAAGGUCAUUUGUUCCAAUCAUCUUUUUUGCAGAUGACAAAACUCAGUUCCAGAGAGUUUAAAUGACUUGCUUUAUAGUCACAUAAGCGAUAAGUAGAAGAGUGCUAUAAAUUAAGCAUGAUUUGAGGAGGUCCACUGUUUUCAUCUCUCUCUUCGGGGAAGUUUUUCUUUUAAUUUGAUGAAGGUACUUGCCCCUAGUUCUCUUGCUGACUUUGUGGGGUUUACACUCUCCUGUGAUGCACAGUUAUAUAGGAUGGAUCUAAUAGGCCUCUCAGAUAAGAUGAAUAACUUUAUUAGGCCGGUGUCCAAGAGAUAACAUUGACACUUAAAAUAUCCUUUUGCUUAGUAAAAAUGUUUGGAUAACAUACACUGGUGUUAUAGCCCUCAGUAUAAAACAGUCCCCAAAGUCCUUUUUCUUCUCCAUAGCAUUAUGGAAAAAGAGAAGAAAAGAAAGAAAGAGAA